AAAGCUCUUAAUGAUGGUAUAAUUCCCAGUAUAAUCUGCCCCUCCCGUCUCUUAUAACAGGAAAAACCUCCAAAUCUUUCCUCGAACUCAGACCCUUCUCUGGCUCAGAUUGUCUUCUUCCUCAGAGGGUUUACCAAACAUUCUUCAACCUUACUGACAAACGCCGGAAAACCCACUUUCCGGCAGCUAAAGGGUGUUUGUUUCUACAUGGUUCUUGAGAUCUAGUGUUGUGUUUCAUGCUGGGGUGUACAUUGGAAUAUACAUAUUUUUUUAAAAAAGUUCGUAACUUUGUAUAUAUACACAUUAAGUUAUUUCUGUGUGUUGGGAAAUGGUGGUUAGAGUGAAUUCGCCUCGAAAAUCGAUACACACGGUGUUGGAGAGAGUUGGGGUUUAUGGCUUUGGCAGCGACAGCCAGAAGAGGCGCAAGUAUGACGUUCAGGAAGAAGAUGAUACCAUGGAAAUGGUGCAGAUUGGAGCUGAGAGGACCAAGAAUGUGUUGAUUCUCAUGAGUGACACCGGCGGCGGCCACCGUGCUUCGGCGGAGGCGAUUCGUGAUGCCUUUAAGCUGGAAUUUGGUGAUGAAUACAGGGUUUUUGUGAAGGAUGUUUGGAAGGAAUACACUGGCUGGCCAUUGAACAACAUGGAGCAGCAGUACAAGUUCUUUAUUAAUCACGUGCAGCUUUGGAAGGUUGCGUUUCACAGUACAUCGCCCCGGUGGAUUCAUUCUGUUUACCUUGCUGCCAUUGCUGCCUACUAUGCAAAGGAGGUAGAGGCUGGGCUAAUGGAGUAUAAGCCGGACAUUAUCAUUAGUGUUCAUCCUCUUAUGCAACACAUUCCAUUGUUGGUUCUGAAAUGGCAAGGAUUAAAGAAGAAAGUAAUAUUUGUCACUGUCAUUACAGAUCUCAAUUCUUGUCAUCGCACAUGGUUUCACCCUGGUGUGAACCGGCUGUAUUGUCCCUCGGAGGAGGUAGCGAAGAGGGCUUUGCUAGAUGGCUUAGAAGAAUCUCAAACGCGUGUCUUUGGGUUGCCUAUUCGGCCCUCUUUCUGUCGUGCAGUUCUCUCUAAGAACGAGCUAAGAUUAGAACUAGAGCUAGAUCCAACAUUGCCAGCGGUUUUGCUGAUGGGGGGAGGCGAAGGGAUGGGCCCGGUGAAGAAAACUGCAGAAGCUCUCGAGGAAGCUCUGUUUGAUAAAGAACACGGGAGGCCGAUUGGACAAAUGGUUGUCAUUUGCGGGCGCAAUGAAGCCCUUGCUGCCUCAUUACGAGAGCUCGAAUGGGACAUUCCUAUUAAGGUUAAAGGCUUCGAGAAACAAAUGGAAAAAUGGAUGGCAGCUUGUGACUGCAUUAUCACAAAGGCUGGACCGGGCACAAUUGCAGAAGCAUUAAUCCGAGGACUUCCCAUUAUUCUCAACGAUUAUAUUCCCGGCCAAGAAAAGGGGAAUGUACCGUAUGUAGUUGAGAAUGGUGCGGGUGUUUUCACCCGAAGCCCCAAGGAGACAGCUAGAAUCGUAGCGGACUGGUUUAGUACCAAAACCAACGACCUCAAAACGAUGUCUGAGAAUGCGCUCAAACUCGCGCAACCAAAUGCCGUGUUUGAUAUUGUGAAGGACAUUCAUGAUCUUGCAUCUCAAAGGGGCCCUCUUGCAGACAUUCCUUACAUGUUCACAUCAUCAUUCUCAAGCUUAAUUUAAUUAGGCACAAAUGGCGCUGUUGUUGUGCUGUGGUGGGACCCACUUCACUAUCAAAAAUCAAGUGCUUGCCGUGUGCACCCAAAUCUUCUCUCUGAUCGCCUUCUCUCCUCCACAUAAGCUUGGCUUCCUCAAAAAUCACAAUUGGGGAUGCCCUUACCACCCUAAAAUGAAUAGCAAAUAUACUGAACUUGUACCAGGUACUAUUGUGACAUUGUCCCUAUAAUAUCUUAUACAAAUUUAAUGUCUUUUUAAAA